UUUCAAAUCCCAGCAUCUCCUCCUUCCAGAAUCCGCGCCUCUCGCCGCUGCCUCCGCGCCACAAUGAAUCUCCUGCCACGCCGCGCCGCCAGCCUCCUCGGCCCGUCUGGAUCGCUGUGCGCGCUGCUCACGCUGCUGAUGCUGCUGACGCUGCCAGGGCCCCUGGCCAGCGCUGGUCCCUCCGGGGCCAUAGUGAGCGAGCUGCGCUGUGUGUGUUUAACUCCCACGCACAGGAUUCGUCCCCAAAUGAUCCGUCACCUGGAGAUGGUCCCCGCAGGCCCAGGGUGCCCCAAUGUGGAAAUUAUAGCCACCAUGAAGAAGGGGAACAAAGUCUGUCUGGACCCAGAAGCCCACGUGGUCAAGAAAAUCAUCCAGAAGUUGUUGAACAGUGGAAAGCAGAAAAAUUAAGAGGAAGGAUCGUAAAAUUAAGAGAAAGGA